GUUGUCAGUUUAUUCCGGAGCUCGGCCGGCGACCCGGCCGGAUCGCAGAGGCAGCCCUGCCUGGGUGAAGUCGGAGUUGGGGUGCUCACGGAGAGAGGCGCCCUCGUCGGAGAGGGCGGCUUGGCCUCUUUCGGCCUUCUCGCCCCUCGCCUUCCGGGAGCGCUGCCGGGCUCGGACUAGGACAGAAGAGGAGGAGGAAAGGUUGAGGUGACCAGCGCUGCCCCUCCCGGACUUAAUACGCCCGGGGCGCGGAGCCGCGUAGACUGACUGUCUCCCGGGACGGAGCCACGGGGUACUGGACCCCACCAGGAUUAUAAAACAGGGCGGAGGGACGGGAGACCUCGAGGACCCCCCUCCAGGCUGGUCACCAUGUGGGGGCUUUGGAUCUGGACGCUGCUGGCUCUGCAUCAGAUCCGCGCGGCCGGAGCCCAAGAUGACGUGUCCCCGUAUUUCAAGACGGAGCCCGUGCGGACACAGGUGCACCUGGAAGGAAACCGCCUGGUGCUCACGUGCAUGGCCGAGGGCAGCUGGCCGCUGGAGUUCAAGUGGCUCCACAACAACAGGGAGCUGACCAAAUUCUCCCUGGAAUACAGGUACAUGAUCACAAGCCUGGACCGCACCCACGCUGGCUUCUACCGUUGCAUUGUGCGGAACCGGAUGGGGGCCCUGCUGCAGCGGCAGACUGAAGUCCAGGUGGCCUACAUGGGGAGCUUUGAAGAGGGGGAGAAGCACCAGAGCGUCUCCCACGGAGAAGCAGCUGUCAUCCGCGCCCCACGCAUCGCCAGCUUUCCCCAGCCGCAGGUGACCUGGUUCCGGGAUGGCCGCAAGAUCCCACCCAGCAGCCGCAUAGCCAUCACGCUGGAGAACACCCUUGUCAUCCUGUCAACGGUGGCUCCCGACGCAGGUCGCUACUACGUGCAGGCUGUUAAUGACAAGAACGGGGAUAACAAGACCAGCCAGCCCAUCACGCUCGCCGUGGAGAAUGUAGGGGGACCUGCAGACCCCAUCGCAGCCACCAUCAUCAUCCCACCGAAAAAUACCAGCGUGGUGGCCGGGACCUCGGAGGUUACCUUGGAGUGUGUGGCCAAUGCCAGGCCCCUGAUCAAGCUGCACAUCAUUUGGAAGAAGGACGGGGUGUUGCUGUCAGGUGGCAUCAGCGACCACAACCGUCGGCUCACCAUCCCCAACCCCACCGCCAGCGACGCCGGCUACUACGAGUGUGAGGCUGUCCUGCGCAGCAGCAGCGUCCCCUCUGUGGUCCGGGGCGCCUACCUCUCGGUGCUGGAACCGCCUCAGUUUGUCAAGGAGCCAGAAAGACACAUCACUGCAGAGAUGGAGAAAGUGGUGGACAUCCCCUGUCGGGCCAAAGGUGUGCCACCGCCCUCCAUCAGCUGGUACAAGGACGCGGCAGUGGUGGAAGUGGAGAAGCUGGCCCGCUUCCGGCAGCGCAGCGACGGGGGUCUGCAGAUCAGCGGCCUGGUGCCCGAUGACACUGGCAUGUUCCAAUGCUUCGCCCGCAAUUCGGCCGGCGAGGUGCAAACUUCCACCUACCUGGCUGUCACCAGCAUCGCCCCCAACAUCACCAGAGGCCCCCUGGACAGCACGGUGAUCGACGGCAUGUCAGUGGUGCUAGCGUGUGAGACCUCGGGGGCGCCCCGGCCAGCGAUCACUUGGCAGAAAGGGGAACGCAUCCUGGCCAGCGGCUCCGUGCAGCUGCCUCGCUUCACACCCCUGGAAUCGGGCAGCCUUCUCAUCAGCCCCACACACAUCUCCGACGCGGGGACCUACACCUGCCUGGCAACCAACUCUCGGGGGGUCGACGAGGCCUCGGCAGACCUAGUUGUUUGGGCCCGGACCCGCAUCACCAAGCCGCCCCAGGACCAGAGCGUCAUCAAGGGCACCCAGGCCUCCAUGGUGUGCGGAGUGACCCACGACCCCCGCGUGACCGUCAGGUACGUCUGGGAGAAGGACGGGGCCACCCUGGGCAUGGAGAGCAAUCCCCGUAUCCGCCUGGACAGAAACGGCUCCCUGCACAUCUCACAGACAUGGUCGGGGGACAUCGGCACGUACACGUGCCGGGUGAUCUCAGCGGGAGGCAACGACUCUCGCAGUGCCCACCUGCGAGUCAGGCAACUGCCCCACGCGCCCGAGCACCCGGUGGCCACACUCAGCACUGUGGAGAGGCGAGCCAUCAACCUGACGUGGGCCAAGCCGUUUGACGGCAACAGCCCCCUGAUCCGCUACGUCCUGGAGAUGUCGGAGAACAAUGCCCCCUGGACUGUACUCCUGCCCAGUGUGGACCCCAAAGCUACCUCAGUGACAGUCAAGGGCUUGGUUCCUGCACGCUCCUACCAGUUCCGUCUCUGUGCCGUCAACGAUGUGGGGAAAGGACAAUUCAGCAAAGACACUGAGAGGGUCUCCCUCCCCGAGGAGCCCCCCACGGCCCCUCCGCAGAACGUCAUCGCCAGUGGUCGCACCAACCAGUCCAUCAUGAUCCAGUGGCAGCCGCCUCCUGAGAGCCACCAGAAUGGAAUUCUCAAGGGCUACGUCAUCAGGUACUGCCUGGCCGGGCUGCCCGUGGGCUACCAAUUUAAGAACAUCACGGAUGCUGAUGUGAACAACCUGCUGCUGGAGGAUCUCAUCAUUUGGACCAACUACGAGAUCGAGGUGGCUGCUUAUAACAGCGCUGGGCUGGGCGUCUACAGCAGUAAGGUCACGGAGUGGACGCUGCAGGGAGUUCCCACAGUCCCUCCAGGUAAUGUGCACGCAGAAGCCACCAAUUCCACGACCAUCCGCUUCACCUGGAACGCCCCCAGCCCCCAGUUCAUCAACGGCAUCAACCAGGGCUACAAGCUGAUCGCCUGGGAGCCGGAGCAGGAAGAGGAGGUUACCAUGGUGACCGCCCGGCCUAACUUUCAAGACAGCAUCCACGUGGGCUUCGUGUCUGGCUUGAAGAAGUUCACCGAGUACUUCACCUCGGUACUGUGUUUCACCACGCCCGGAGAUGGGCCACGCAGCACCCCGCAGCUGGUGCGCACCCAUGAGGAUGUGCCUGGCCCUGUGGGACACCUGAGUUUCAGUGAUAUCCUGGACACGUCGCUGAAGGUCAGCUGGCAAGAGCCAGGAGAGAAAAACGGCAUCCUCACAGGGUACCGGAUCUCCUGGGAGGAGUAUAACCGAACCAACACCCGUGUGACCCACUACCUGCCCAACGUGACCCUGGAGUACCGUGUCACCGGCCUCACUGCGCUCACCACCUACACCAUCGAGGUAGCCGCCAUGACCUCAAAGGGGCAGGGCCAGGUGUCGGCCUCCACCAUCUCCUCCGGGGUGCCCCCAGAACUGCCAGGGCCCCCCACCAACCUGGGCAUCUCCAACAUCGGUCCCCGAUCUGUGACCUUGCAGUUCAGGCCGGGCUACAAUGGGAAAACCUCCAUCUCCCGCUGGCUGGUGGAAGCCCAGGUAGGUGUGGUCGGGGAGGGAGAAGAGUGGCUGCUGGUCCACCAGCUCUCCAAUGAGCCUGAUGCCCGAUCCAUGGAGGUGCCUGACCUCAACCCCUUCACCUACUACAGCUUCCGUAUGCGCCAGGUGAACAUCGUGGGCACCAGCCCCCCCAGUCAGCCUUCUAGAAAGAUCCAGACUCUGCAGGCACCCCCUGACAUGGCCCCAGCCAAUGUGUCUCUGCGCACAGCCAGUGAGACCAGCCUGUGGCUACGCUGGAUGCCUCUCCCGGAGAUGGAAUACAAUGGGAACCCGGAGUCCGUGGGCUACAAGAUCAAGUACAGCCGGUCAGAUGGGCACGGCAAGACACUGAGCCACGUGGUGCAGGAUCGUGUGGAGCGGGAGUACACCAUCGAGGACCUGGAGGAAUGGACAGAGUACCGCGUCCAGGUCCAGGCCUUCAACGCCAUUGGGAGCGGGCCCUGGAGCCAGACGGUGGUGGGCAGGACCCGGGAGUCAGUCCCCUCUUCCGGCCCCACCAACGUGUCUGCACUGGCCACCACCUCCAGCAGCAUGCUGGUGCGCUGGAGCGACGUCCCUGAGGCCGAUCGCAACGGACUUGUGCUGGGCUACAAGGUGAUGUAUAAGGAGAAGGACUCAGAUGCCCAGCCCCGAUUCUGGCUGGUGGAAGGUAACUCGUCUCGCAGUGCGCAGCUCACCGGCCUGGGCAAAUACGUGCUCUACGAGGUCCGGGUUCUGGCCUUCACUCGCAUCGGAGACGGCCGCCCCAGCCACCCUCCCAUCCUGGAGCGGACGCUGGAUGACGUCCCGGGACCACCCAUGGGCAUUCUGUUUCCGGAGGUGCGGACCACGUCUGUGCGGCUGAUCUGGCAACCCCCUGCUGCCCCCAACGGCAUCAUUCUUGCUUACCAGAUCACACACCGGCUCAACACCACCACAGCCAACACUGCCACAGUGGAGGUACUGGCACCCAGCGCCCGCCAGUACACAGCCACGGGCCUCAAGCCGGAGUCUGUCUACCUGUUCCGCAUAACAGCCCAGACGCGAAAGGGCUGGGGAGAGGCUGCCGAGGCCUUGGUAGUGACCACCGAGAAGAGAGACCGCCCGCAGCCCCCUAGCAGGCCGGUGGCACAGCAGGAGGACGUGAGAGCACGCAGCGUGCUGCUGUCCUGGGAGCCCGGGAGCGACGGGCUGUCCCCUGUGCGCUACUACACCAUCCAGACCCGCGAGCUGCCCAGCGGCAGGUGGGCACUGCACUCGGCCUCCGUCAGCCACAACGCCUCCAGCUUCAUUGUGGACAGGCUUAAGCCCUUCACGUCCUACAAGUUCCGAGUGAAGGCGACCAACGACAUUGGCGACAGCGAGUUCAGUGAGGAGUCGGAGUCACUGACCACCCUGCAGGCCGCCCCCGACGAAGCGCCCACCAUCCUCUCCGUGACACCCCACACCACCACCUCCGUGCUCAUCCGAUGGCAGCCGCCAGCUGAGGACAAGAUCAACGGCGUCCUCCUGGGCUUCCGGAUCCGGUACCGGGAGCUGCUCUAUGAGGGACUGAGGGGCUUCACGCUUCGAGGCAUCAACAACCCGGGGGCUACAUGGGCCGAGCUUACCUCCAUGUACUCCAUGCGGAACCUGAGCCGGCCCAGCCUCACGCAGUACGAGCUGGACAACCUUAACAAACACAGGCGGUACGAGAUACGAAUGAGCGUGUACAAUGCCGUGGGCGAGGGGCCCUCCAGCCCCCCACACGAGGUCUUUGUGGGGGAGGCAGUGCCCACAGCAGCACCUCGUAAUGUGGUCGUCCACGGUGCCACGGCCACGCAGCUGGAUGUGACUUGGGAGCCACCUCCGCUGGACAGCCAGAAUGGAGACAUCCAGGGGUACAAGAUUUAUUUCUGGGAAGCCCAGCGGCAGAACCUCACGGAGCGGGUGAAGACACUUUUCCUGGCUGAGAACAGUGUGAAGCUCAAGAACUUGACCGGCUACACUGCCUACAUGGUCAGCGUGGCUGCCUUUAACGCCGCUGGGGAUGGGCCUCGGAGCAGCCCCACUCAAGGCCAGACCCAGCAAGCAGCCCCCAGCGCUCCCAGCUCGGUCCAGUUCAGCGAGCUGACCACCACCUCGGUGAAUGUGUCCUGGGAAGCGCCGCAGUUCCCCAAUGGCAUCCUGGAGGGCUAUCGGCUGGUGUACGAGCCCUGCAGCCCCGUGGAUGGAGUCAGCAAGAUCGUGACAGUGGACGUGAAGGGGACCAGCCCCCUGUGGCUGAAGGUGAAGGACCUGGCAGAGGGGGUGACCUACCGGUUCCGCAUCAGAGCCAAGACCUUCACCUACGGGCCGGAGAUCGAAGCCAACGUCACCACGGGCCCCGGAGAAGGUGCUCCAGGACCACCUGGCGUGCCCAUCAUCGUGCGGUACAGCUCCGCCAUCACCAUCCAUUGGUCCAGCGGAGACCCGGGCAAAGGGCCCAUCACUCGCUACGUCAUCGAGGCCAGGCCUUCAGAUGAGGGACUAUGGGACAUCCUCAUCAAAGACAUCCCCAAGGAGGUGAGCUCCUACACAUUCAGCAUGGACAUCCUGAAGCCGGGCGUGAGCUAUGACUUCCGGGUCAUCGCGGUCAACGACUAUGGCUUCGGCACCCCCAGCAGCCCCUCCCAGUCUGUGCCAGCCCAGAAAGCCAACCCCUUCUAUGAGGAGUGGUGGUUCCUGGUGGUCAUCGCCCUGGUCGGCCUCAUCUUCAUCCUGCUGCUGGUCUUCGUGCUCAUCAUCCGGGGCCAGAGCAAGAAGUACGCCAAGAAGACAGACUCAGGGAGCAGCGCCAAGUCUGGAGCCCUGGGCCACAGCGAGAUGAUGAGCUUGGAUGAAAGCAGCUUCCCUGCCCUGGAGCUCAACAACAGACGGCUCUCCGUCAAGAACUCUUUCUGUCGAAAGAACGGCCUGUACACCAGGUCUCCACCUCGGCCCAGCCCGGGCAGCCUGCAUUACUCAGAUGAGGAUGUCACCAAGUACAAUGACCUCAUCCCUGCAGAGAGCAGCAGCCUGACCGAGAAGCCCUCAGAAAUCUCCGACUCUCAGGGAAGUGACAGCGAGUAUGAGGUGGACUCAAACCACCAGAAGGCCCACUCCUUUGUCAACCACUACAUCAGCGACCCCACGUACUACAACUCGUGGCGGAGGCAGCAGAAGGGCAUCUCGAGGGCGCAGGCCUACAGCUACACGGAGAGCGACUCGGGUGAGCCGGACCACGCCGCCGUCACCAACAGCACCAGCACCCAGCAGGGCAGCCUCUUUCGGCCCAAGACCAGUCGGACUCCAACGCCCCAGAAUCCCCCAAACCCCCCAAGUCAGCAGAGCACCCUCUACCGCCCCCCCAGCAGCCUGGCCCCCAGCUCCCGGGCCCCCAUUGCAGGAUUCUCAUCAUUUGUUUGACAUCAGAAGAGGAAAAAGAAAGAGAAAUGGCACCAAACUCCUUCUUCACCCCUCCUCUUACCGCCUGCCAGAAGACAAAAACACCAAGAAACCAAGUCAACUUUUCACCUCCUGAGUUUAUUUUUCCAGAGAUUCCAGCGCCAGCAAAGCCGGCGUUCAGAAGGAGGGGAAAACCAGGAGAGGAUGUGUGUGGCCAGCAGCUCUUCGGCUGUAAGAUGGUGGGGUUCACUGCUCCUUUGGGAAUUUCACGGAGCUGGGGAAGUGGCAAUAGUGUCACUGCUAUGGACACAGAUUGGGGUGGGCCUCUGGAGAGAGAGAGGAAGUGAAGGCGGAGGACUGGGGGCCGCCAGGCAGGCGUGGCUGAGGGAAGAAGCAGCUUCUGGAUGUUCAGCCAGCUGCCCUCUUCCAGCCCCUUCAGGACUCCUGGACCCACUGCCGCUACCCUCUGCCAAAAGGAUGGGUAUCCCAGAGGCCACACCUGCCUUCUCUCCCUGCUCCUCCUUCCCCUCUCCCUCGUGCACCAUCGCCACGGACAGCCUCGCCCAGACCCCCGUUCUGCCUGGGCAAGCUCUACUGCCCACCUCCCCUGCUCAACUUCUCCACCAAGCAUUUGGUUUAUUUAGAAAAAGGAAGACAAAAAAACGAAAGGGUAAGAAUUUGCUUAGCGCCUUCCUUGUUCCUGCAUAUUUUUUAAAAUUUUGAAUCCAAGGAAGAGAGCCCAAGGGUAGGGGAGAAACCCCCACCACUGACCCCUGCCUCCCUGUGCUGGAAUUGACUUUCCUGAGCAUGGACAAGAAGAAAUGAAGUCUGGGGAGCAGAAGCGUAAAUAAGGCGACUGGCCUGGGCACUGUGGGAAAAUUAGGUUUAAUGCAUUGUGGGUAAGAUAAGAAUGCAGCUUUGACUGUUCUCUUUCUUC